GGAAAAAGUGCUAGUGUGAUCACAGGAUUGGUGAAUGGAAUUCUCACCACUGUAUGAUUUAACGUUAUCUUCUAACACAGCUCUAAGACAAUGCAGACAAUUAUAGAAACAUGUUGAUUUGAAAGAUUAUAUAAUAUAAGGUUUCGCUUACGAAAAGCAUAUAAACAUCAACCGUUUGGCAGCGCUGUCACAUGGAGCAGCUCGUCAAGACAGAUUGGAGUUGGGCCCGUGAUGGCGCCGCGCCGCCGCCAGCCUGCCACUGCCACAACCGCAGUCCGCAGCCAGUCUCGAGCAAGUAGUGCUAAGGGGAGGUUAGCGCCACCUCCAUGGUGUGUUUUGCAGUUAAUUUAUGAAACUCGCGAAGCAUAGUCAGCUGCGGAAGAUAUAAUUUGAAUCUUCAUGGCAUUCUGCCGUGUGUGCAAGAAAUAGCAUGAGUGGCAAGUGAUAGCUGUUAAGUCCAGUAAACAAAAUUGGCGGGCAGAAUCAGCGUCGUCGUCUGCAUGUUUACAUAGCAGCUAGAGGUCGUGCCGAGUCUCUCAAGAGUAUUUUCGUGCGAUACCCUGAUACCUACUGGUACAUUUCCCGGGUGAACGAGGACGUGAGGCUGUUUCAAGAUGGGCAACAUACACACCGUGGGGCCUAAUGAGGCGUUGGUGGUGUCCGGUGGUUGUUGCGGUGCCACUUCGAAGAAAACGAUCGUGGGUGGGUGGGCGUGGGCGUGGUGGUUUGUCACAGACGUCCAGAGGCUGUCCUUGGAGGUGAUCACACUGAAUCCUCGUUGUGAGAAUGUGGAGACCUCCUUGGGUGUGCAAGUGACAGUGACAGGUGUGGCACAGGUCAAGGUGAUGAAGGAGGAGAAGGUUCUCAAGAUUGCCUCUGAGCAGUUCCUUGGUAUGACACCUGAGGACAUCAGGGGCACCAUCCUAAUGACACUUGAGGGUCAUCUUAGGGCCAUCCUGGCUACCUUGACAGUUGAGGAGGUAUACCAGGACCGUGACCAGUUUGCCCAGUUGGUAAGGGAGGUAGCAGGCAUGGAUGUAGGCAGGAUGGGCAUUGAGAUUUUGUCCUUUACUAUCAAGGAUGUGUAUGAUCGUGUGGAUUACCUUUCGUCCCUUGGGAAGUCCCAGACUGCAGCUGUGAAGAGAGAUGCUGAUAUUGGUGUGGCUCAGGCUAAUAGGGAUGCUGGUAUUAGGGAGGCAGAGAAUGAAAAGACAGCAAUGGAUGUCAAGUACACAACAGACACCAAAAUUGAGGACAACGCCAGAUUAUAUAAGCUGCAGAAGGCCCAGUUUGAUCGUGAAAUCAACACAGCUAAAGCAGAAGCUCAGCUGGCCUAUGAGUUGCAGGCAGCCAAAACCCGACAGAAAAUCAGGAAUGAAGAGAUUGCUAUUGAGGUGGUAGAGCGAAGAAAGCAGAUUGAGGUGGAAGAAGGGGGAGUGAGUGAUGCACGUGUUAUCCAAGAGAAGCGCUGGUGUAUUCAAAAGCCAGUCAGCUUGCGAGAUACAGCGGUGCUUUCAAACUUGGAAAAAAAUUAUCUGGAUAAAACUUCGUUAAAGCGAGUUUGGUGUUUGUUAAACAAGCAGAUGACUGUGGAAGCAGCACGAGCAGAUGCAGAGAGGAUCAAGAGGAUUGGAGAAGCAGAGGCUUACAGUGUAGAGGCUGUAGGCAAGGCAGAAGCAGAAAGUAUGAAGUUGAAAGCACAGGCUUACAAGCAGUAUGGUGAGGCAGCCAUCAUGUCUAUGGUGCUAGACAGCUUACCUCAGAUUGCUGCAGAAGUGGCUGCUCCACUGGCUAAGACUGAAGAGAUUGUGAUGGUAGGUGGUGGAGAUACAAUGAGCAAUGCCAUCACCAAGAUGUGUGGGGAGCUGCCACCUGCUGUUCAUGCCCUCACAGGGGUUGAUCUCACCAAGGUGCUAGGGAAGGUGCCAGGAGCCACAGUCACGCAGCCCACCCCUGCUCCUCGAGUGGCUCCAACAUCUGUCUAAGACUUGGCACAGCUUCAACACAGUUACUGUUUAGUUAUGUAAGGUAGAAUCAUAAGAUGUAAGAGUAAUUAAUUUUUACAAGCAACAAAAAUUUUCACUUCAUAUUUCACUUUCCUUUUGCAUCACAAAAUAUUAUCAGCAAAAAAAUAAUCAUUAAGCAGCCUUCAUGUUGAAGCUAUGUAUAAGGUAUCUGUGUGCACUUUUCAGUAGGGUAUGUAUUAAUCAAUUGUCAAGUUUAUAAUAUUCAUAUGAAAAUAGAAUCUCAAUGUGAAGACAUCAAGAUUGCCUAAGUAUUUUUAUAAGAACUUAAGAUAUGUAUGCAGAUCAUAUGAUAGCUAUAAUAAUAAUUUCCUUAAGAAAGUUUAGUCUUCAACAGACUGUUUUAACCUUUUUGAACUCAAAGCAUUGUACCAGUUCUGUCUGGUCAGAGAUAGUUCAGUAAAGCAGAACAUCUUUCAUACAAAGCUAAUAAUUGUUAUGAAAAGUUUAUAUACCUAGAAUGUAAUUAAAAAUGUUGUCAGUGAUUUUGAUUUGUUUUUAUAGAUUUUACUUUCACAUCUAGCCUUGAAUAUUUGUAUGCAUAAUUUAUUUGUUAUAUUUUGCACAUUGUCUCAUUGACCAGAGCUGACUGUGAUAGUGCCCAGGUAAACACAACACUGGCAACAUGACACAGGUGAACACAGCAUGGAUGAUACACUCCAGCCAAACUUUAGACAAAUACAGGGUCUCUAUAAAUUCAGAGAUCCAUGAAAGACCUCACUCAUUCCUAUAACAGGUUCACAAGAGCUGAUGGCAGUUGUAGUGGUGGAUCACACUUUGGUCACUGAAGAGCAUCCAGUUCUUGGCUGCCCCUCAUCACUUAUGGCUGUGAUGCCUUGCAAAAUAAAUAAUUUCAUGCAGUGAUUUUGGUCGUAUUGUUCUGAUGAAUAAAAACCAUAGAACAUUAA